GAGUGACAUAUUCGUAAAGAGCCAUGGUGGUAACGCACAGUCUGGCUCCACAAUGAGAUAAAUGGGUAUCUCUUCCUUUGGAAACGUUAGCUGCCGAGUCGAAGUACCAUCUAGCUUGGCCGCUGUCUUUCACGCCGGCCGGAAGUAAGCGACAGAUUUGCUUGUUUGAUGCUGAGCAGCUGAAGUAUCGCUCGAUCCAAGAGUAAACGCCCAAUUUAAGGCAUAAUAAUGGUGACGGACGUGCAGUUGGCCAUAUUUGCCAACAUGCUUGGCGUGUCAUUGUUCCUGCUGGUUGUGUUGUAUCACUAUGUUGCAGUCAAUAACCCCAAGAAGCAAGAGUAGAGUCCCCCAGUAUGAUUGGAGAGGUGAGAUGGGACUUAAAGGCCAUCACCAAGGAAACAUUCCCAACUUCCAGUCCCAAGAGAUGAAUUUAUUUGUAAGAUUUCACAGUAGUGUUUUUUUCUAAUAAAAAUGUGUGAAUGCCAUUUC